UUGUUGACCUCAUCUUUCUUCCGGUUUCGCCAUCUCUCAUUCAACAUGGCAGACAUGGACUACGAAAGAGUUUUGUGUGUGAAACCCGAGGUUCAUGUCUUCAGAAUACCGCCUCGGACAUCGAAUAGAGGAUACAGAGCUGCAGAUUGGAAGUUAGAGUCACCGGACUGGACUGGAAGGUUGAAGAUUGUCACAAAAGACAAGAAACUCUCAAUCAAACUUGAAGAUAAAGCAGGGGAGUUGUUUGCUCAAGCUCCAAUAGAUACCUAUCCUGGUCCUGAAGUAGAAACUGUUCUGGAUUCCAGCCGAUAUUUUGUGAUCAGGAUACAAGAUGAUUCAGGUAGAAAAGCUUUCAUUGGAAUUGGUUUCCAAGACAGAGGAGAUUCCUUUGACUUCAAUGUUACUCUUCAAGAUCAUUUUAAAGGAGUGAAACAGGAGCAGCAAUUACAGAUGGAAAUGGCAGAUGCAUCCAAGAAUCCAGCACCAAAAUUAGAUCUUGGGUUCAAGGAAGGUCAAACGAUCAGAAUAAACCUUGGGAACAAACCUGCCAAGUCAAGACCAAAGCCAUCUGCUGGUGUUGGAGGGGGCACCCCUGUCUUACUACCCCCACCCCCUGGGGCAGGGUCAGGGGCAGGAAUAAAGGCACCUCCCAUGGCUAUUCCACCUCCAGCACAACAACAACAAGCAGUACAACCAAACCCAUCACAGCAAUCUAGUGAUUUAUUAGGGGGCUUUGGCAGUUCUUUCAGUGCCCCACCCCCUCCAACAGUUCAACCACAAACCCAGCAAAAUACUAGUGCUUCAGAGUGGGGAGACUUCACAAGUGCACAAACGUCAUCAAACAAUGGAGGUUGGGUGCAAUUCUGAAAUUCAAAUUAUAUUUAUAGAAGUCCUAAUUAUGUAUGAUAGGGAGACAACCUCUUCUCCAGGAGAGUAUACUCUCCAUCAGGAAGUUAACUGCCCAACCUCUGCCCUAUGAGAAACCCCCUGCCAUGCUAUCCAUCCACCAUGUGUGAAAACCUAGACCAUGUUUCCACUGGAUGCCUCCAAACUGUGAUCUUUAUAGGACAUGACCAAAGACUGUUCAUAUAAAUGUGGUGUCAGGACCCUUUCACAUGUUGUUGUGGAUCGUGGCAAGUCAUGUGUGGAUUUACUGUCAGUACUCAUCAGGAACCUUAGAACCGAUGUGAAUGGAUACAGCUGCAUCAUCUACAUGUUUCUACUUAUUUCAGUGUAAAUUGUUAUAGCACCUAGUGUUUUUUUUUCUAAUUUAUCUUUUGUAAUCUGUGAGUAUUGACAAUUUAUUUGGUAUAGUGUGAACAGGAUAAAGCAUAAAUGCAUGAUUAGUGACAUCAGAAAUAUCAUUUUUUUUUAGGAAAAAAUUAUUAAAAAGGUAAAUGAACAUGAUUAUAUUGUCAUUUCAGUGUGAAAUAAAUAAAUCUAAUAAGGUUUAUAUGAAAUCCUGUAUUCCAUCCCUUUCCCAAAUUGUCUCUGCCUGAUCUACUUUACUGGCCUUUUGUAUAUAGAUUGUCCAUCUGCCUUUAAUCCAACUCCACUGGCACUUCACAUGAUACUUGCUCCAACUAUGGAGCAAUUACUUACUUUUUUCUGAUCUACCAGAAUCAGAAGACACAUAUGUUUCAUUUAUACUCUUUGUGUUCAUUUACUUGCCUUGGGUUCUGUUUGAUUUUUGUUAAACCACAAUCAUAUUUUGUCUUUAGCUUGAAAUUAUAUGUUUGUGACUGAGGUACAAGUACAUGUAUUCUGUCAUUUGUUGCCUUCAAUAUGUUUGAGCCAAGGAAGAACAAUUUUCAUUAUCAUUUUGCUGCUAAUUGAAUUUGUUUUUCAUGUAAGCAAUACUUGCCAUGUAUCUAUAUCAUGGUAGUGGGGGAGAAGUGAUAUUUUGGUGCAAGAUGGUAAGUAGUUUUGUAUACAAUGAGUAGAAUCAUGGAGCUAUUACAGAGAUAGAAUCUUGAAGGUUGUGUGAGAGUUGACCAGACUGAAGCCAGUUUAGUGAUUGGAGAAUAAGGGAAUUUUGCAUUUAUUUUCCCUACUCAAGGUUACCAUUCAUAUGCUCUUGGAGGAAAGUUAUAGAAAACUAUUAUGCAUGGAACAAGUUGACCGAGCUUCCGGGCUUACAACUCUACUUUUUUCAAUUUCAUUUAUGAUUGUUGUAUAAGUCAUGCUCAUAUUUUCUUUCUAUUGAUUUGUAUUAUAAACCUUUUAGCCUCAGUUUUAUCAAAUUUAUAAAAUUCCAAAUCAUUCCUAUUUGAAUAAGUAACAUGAUCAUCUGCAUAGUUUAGAUCAGUCCCUCAUCUGCUUUAUUAUCAAAUGUAAAGUUUGUUAGUGAACUUCAAAGUGUAUUAUUCCACACUUUUUAUUUUUCAUUGUCCCUACAUGUAAUUUCAAAAGUCAUUAUUGUUGGUCACUCUUAGCUGUCUUAUUCACUGUCAUUGGUGAAUUUACUUUGUUGCACUCUGCCCUUGCCCUGUUACUGUCAUAAUUAUUUUUUUGAAGGUAGGAAAAUAAAAAUUUAAUUUGUUGAACUGUGAGAGCAAAAAUACUUGAAAUACAAGGAGAUGAUGUACAGUUGUGCUCAAAAGUUUAGUGAACCCUAUCCCAAAAUGCACUCCUUCAUGCUGAGUGUUGAAUGGAAACGAUUGUUAGGUGAACCUAAACAAACUUUAUUGAAUGUAAUAUUUCAUCACCUGACUUCACAAUUUAAAACAACUUGAACACUUUAAAUAUAUUCAUUUUCUGAUGGGAUUCACCAACUUUUGAGCAACACUAUAGAAACAUGCCAAUAUUUUAUUUGCACUAUACGCCAAUUAUGUAUUAAAUCCUGCUGGAAAGUCUGUCUCCAUUGGUAGCAUUGGUUAAAGAGUUAAUAAUGUAAUGAAAUUGUUGGUUGGAUGGUGAUGUCUAGAAAGAAUUAUAUUUAUUGGAAGUAUGAUCAUGUUUUAAUUCAAAGAGCUUUCACCUUAUCUUUUGUUUUUAUCUUAUUGAGGGUAAAAAGACUGAUGUCUUUCGAUUUAAGAUGAUAUGAAGAGAUACAUUGUAUUUUUAAAAACAUUUGCUGGCUGUCCUUUAGUUUAUCAGAGCUCUUUGUUAUCAUUAUGAUUAGUCAUUACUUUAUUACCAACAUUAUUUAUGGUGUUGAACUGUUUAAAAUUUAUUACCAACAUUAUUUAUGGUGUUGAACUGUUUAAAAUUUAUUACCAACAUUAUUUUAGUUUGUUGAACUGUUUAAAAUUUAUUACCAACAUUAUUUAUGGUGUUGAACUGUUUAAAAAUUGUUCAUUUGGUUUACAAAAUCUGUGGGCUGUGUGUGGUAUAAGAAGGAGAAGUAGUUUGGGGUUUUUUUUGAGGGGGGGGAGGGUGUUUGGAGAGGGUGAUGCUAGAAAGCAGCUAGGAGAACAAUAGACAAAUUACUGGUAUGAAUAGUAGACAUUGUCAAACAAUUGAACCUUCUCUGGACCUUAUCCUGGUGGAUCAAUGAAGGAUGUGACACUACUCAACCACGACCAUAACACCAUUCUGAAAUCAGGUUUAACUUAGGCCAUGGUCUAACUCUGAUAAAAUUAUGGUAAGCCAAAGGUGUCAAAAUUAUUUAAUUAAAUUUAUUAAGUUGUAUGUUUCGUAUGUUUACUAUUUCCUGAUUCAUUGAUGGUGAAGACAGUCAUUUAUUUAUACUUCCUACACAAUUAUGAAUGAUUUGAGAGCCAAAUGAGCUGAACUAGUUAGUGAUUUAUGUAACAAUUGGCUAUCCAUACUUAAACCACAAUAAACCUGAGUUUAAGUUAAACCUGACUUCAGAAUACGGGCCCCUUAGUCCAAGUUUUAAUCUAACAACAUUCUCCCAAACUAAUACACUGCCAUUCCUACAUGUAGAAGACGGCUGAAUCACAACAAAAGCAUUGAAGGACUAUUUAAUAUCAAAAACAAUUAAUUUUCCUUACAAUACCGUGCAAAGAUUUUUUUGUAUACCAAAUGAACAAGUUUAAGGUAAUUGCUGCAAAUGUGGGGUGAAUCUGGCCACAUCUGUUCACAGGGACAAAUACAGAUUUAAAACUUUGGAUUAAUGAUGAUGAUGUUUAUGAUGAUUAAAUCGCAAUGGAGGACUUUGGUGCUGGUCUCAAACCAUCUUCUCCAAUUUUGUCAAAUGCAAAUUAUAAUUUUCAUGUUGAUUAAUAAUUAUUACACUAAAUGGUUAGGCCUAUAGAUUGUUAAGAUUGUUUAACCACAAUACUCCCGGGGGCCACGCUAAAUCUGUGGCACAAAAUCUUUUGACUGUGCCACUCACUGACAUGUUACAAGUUUUCGUGCAAAUUUGUAGACCAAAUUUGCAUCAUCCCGAUACACUAUUGCAAAAUUAUUUACUAUCAUGUAACGUGCAUGUAGUCCCAAAAUAGCUAUUAAAGUGAUUUUAUGUA